AUGGGAACUUCACUACUUGCUAUUAUCCUAGUAAUUGACUCUAGCCGUGGUCCCCAAUUUGUAUUUCACUACCCCAACAAUCCUAAGCGACGCGAAGAAUACCAGUCGUCUCCUCCGGGAAACGAAAGUUGCAGUGAUAGUGAACAUGUCGAUUAUGACGAGAUUGACAUUUUCAAUUGGUCUAUUAGAAUUGGCGAUGAAUUUGAUCAACAAUCAAAGAUGGAAGAGGAUGUCGUUGAUGAUUUUUCAAAUAAACCAUCAAAUAGUCAUACUUCGUCGGAUGCUCUUAACUCGGGUGAGAUUAAGUCGACUCAACAAACAUUAUUUGGAUUCGGGACAGGAUUUCUGGCUAAUAUUCUUUCACCAAAAUUGCAAAGUUCGAAAAAAUUUCAAUUGACCAUAGAUAAUUUGACGUUUAUUGGCCAGCCGGUUUUUUGGCCUAGAGAUAUUCAAGAAAAUAACAGCGAUACUGCUCCGAAAUUUGGUGAUAAUGUAAAAUGCCAAACAUCAAACGAUAAUGAAAAAACGCAGCGGCAAUCUUCCAAUGACAAAAAUAAUCAUAGAAAUCCUGACAUUACAUCAGACAAUAGUAAUGAUUCUUUUUCACAGACAAAUCAGUAUCAACAAAAUCGAUAUUUUACCACCUUUCAUCUUGUAUUUGUCUUGGAGCCACCCGAAUUGGAACUUAAUCGCCAAGUCGAUAAUAUUUAUAAACAUGUGAUCACAAAAUUAACGGCCGCAUUACGCUAUGAACAAAAAAGAUGUGACUAUGUGCGAAUUGAAGCAGAGAAAAUCAUAGCGUUGCGAGAUGACGGCAUCAUCAAAAAUUUAUCAUUUGACGAAAUAACGGAAAUCACUCUAAAGAAAAAUUCACUCGCGAAAGUUAUCGCCCAAGUGUAUCAUGAUAUAUCCAACGAUGCCAUUGCCCAUGUUAUUAUCAACGAUUACAUUGAUUUGUCAUUACAAAUACCUCCACUCGCUCCUUCAAUGUUUUUCUCUCCGCUGGAUAAUGAUCGUGAUGGCUAUGAAUACGCACAUUUCCCUGUCAUUGCACCGUAUCAUACUCUACUUUUACUCGAAGAUCCAGAAGAAAUUUUAAAAAGCAUGCCAUUAGAUGCAAAUCCAACGCUCGUGCAAUUGGUACAGAUCUUGACACCUACUCAGCGGCUGGCAGAAUUAAGUACUGCACUUGAUUGCUCUCUGGCGCAUAUUUAUCGAAUUGCUGCUCAUUUGAUAUACUGGCGAAAGGCAAAAUUGAUUGAUGUAAUAAGUGUGAGGAAUGUUUAUGCUGUUAACUUUAGUCACAUAAUUGAUCGUGAUAUCUUUGGAUUUCUCGCGUCACUUUCCACCCCGAAACCAUACGCGAGCAUAAUUCCAUCUAAAGAUCUUCGUACAAUGUAUUUAGAAGCAAUUACUUUCUUGUUACGCUCAAUUAUUCCUAACGCAACUACAGCCGACAAUAUUGCUAUUAUAUCCGCACCGAGACAAGCUACUGAACUUGAACGUGAAUGGUUGAAAAAGAAAACUGUCAAUCAGCAGAGAGAAAACGUGGCAAUAUUUGAGAGACUUAUCAAGUAUUUCAAUGGAAAACAUCAUAUUGAAGAGAUUCUAUUUCGUGAAAAUAUUUCUCGGCGAGAUCUCAAAAUGGUGUUAGGAUUAUUUGAUGAAUUAGUAACAGUAUUACGUUAUUGA